AUGGACGUCUCGCACUCUUCGGACGAGUCCAAGGUGCUUAUUAUCAACACGGGCGGCACCAUCAACAUGAUUUUCAGCCAGCAAGGAUAUGUCCCGGAGCCCUAUUUCUUGACGGAGACGCUUCAUAGCCAACAUCGAUUCCACGACCCGCUCGAAGAGUCUCUGUUCUCCCAUUCCUCAUCCUUGGAGGGCUACAGACGAUGGAGCAGCAAUAGCGGGAAAAACAGUCCCACCGGGACCACAUUUGGCUCCCGUGAACCGUCUCCGAGUCGCGGCGGAGCGCGGUCGUACUCGCAUCAAGCCCUUACCUUGCCUGUUCGCUCUUGCCGUCCUAUCGGUCUCCCCGAGCAUCUCGCGCCGCAGAUGGACAGAGUCAUUUCCCGACAACCGGUAUGCAGGAAAGUUACCGAGGACAUCUACGAGGCUCAGUUGCCUACGCUUGUAACUCCGAGAAGCAGCGGCCCCGGAGGCAGCAGUAAACGGAUCCGUUACGCCGUUCUGGAGUGGCAUCCUAUGCUCGACAGUAGUAACCUUGAAAUUCAAGAUUGGAUCCGGAUUGCAGCGGACAUAGAGCUCAAUUAUCCGAAUUUCGAUGGAUUCGUCAUUCUGCAUGGCACCGAUACCAUGUCAUACACUUCCUCUGCCCUGAGUUUCAUGCUCGAGGAUCUCGGCAAGACGGUGGUUGUCACUGGAGCUCAGAUUCCGAUGUCCCAGCUGCGUAACGACGCGGUGGAUAACCUGCUCGGCGCGUUGGUAAUAGCAGGACAUUACAUCAUCCCCGAAUGUUGCUUGUAUUUCAACCACACACUUCUCCGAGGCAAUCGGUGCUCCAAAAUGUCUGCGUACGACCUCAACGCCUUCGGUAGUCCAAACUUCCCUCCCUUGGUGAACGUCGGCAUCGAUAUCGUGGUCAACUGGCAGAAUGUCAUCCGUCAGACGAGCUUGAGGCGCUUCCAAUCGCAUAAGCAGAUGAGCCCCCAUGUCGCCACGCUUCGUCUCUUCCCCGGUAUCACGGGUGCCACCAUCCGCGCCUUUGUCGCGCACCCGACCCGGGGCGUCGUCCUCGAGACCUUCGGCGCCGGGAACGCGCCUCAGCGCGCGGAUCUUACCGCCGCGCUCAAGGAAGCCUGCGACAACGGCGUCGUCAUCGUCGCUAUUACACAGUGUGCUAAGGGUUCCGUUUCGGACGCAUACGAGACCGGCCGCAGCCUCCUCCAAGCUGGCGUCGUGCCCGGAGGUGAUAUGACACCCGAGUGCGCGCUCACGAAGCUCAGCUACCUGCUCUCUAAGCCGGAGCUCUCCACGGACCAAGUGCGCGCGCUCAUCGGCACGCCCCUCCGGGGCGAGCUCACCCUCUCCGAGAGCAAGAUCCCGCCGUCGCUCAGCCAGCACCCGGGCAUCGGCCAGAGCCUCGACAACAUCCAGGGCGUGCUCGCGCAGGUCGUCCGCCUCACCUCCGCGCCCGCCGCGCGCACCCCGCGCAUCGUCGUGUCGCAGACGGGCAGCGCCGAGGAGGCGCGCGACGCCGCGGCGGACGACGCGACUGCUCCGUGGAGCUGGACCGCGGCGGAGGCGGCGUCGACCGAGAGCGCGCUCUUCCCGUUUCUCGUCCACCUAUCCGCAGGUCGCGACGACACCGAGGCGCUUGCGUUCUGCUUCGACGCGGAGGCGCAGGCGGAGGAGGCGCUCGCGAUCGGGGGCGGGCUCGCGAACUGCCUCGACGGGGCGUCUGGUCGUGCGCCCUUGCAUGACGCCGCGAUACACGGAGCGGUGCGCAGCGCGGAGAUGCUACUCGCGGCGGGCGCGCUCGUGCAUGUGCGGGACGCGCUGGGGCACACGCCGCUGUACUAUGCUGCGCGGCAGGGGCAUGAGGCGCUUGUGGACUUGCUCGUGAAAGCAGGCGCGAACCUUGGUGGGGCGGACGUCGAGGGCGGGUUCGUUGGGCUCGCGGUCAAGCGCGCUACACGUGCGCGAGACGAGCAAGCACUGAAGAUCUGGAAGAAGGCCGGGGCGGACAUCGUGAACAUGGAUGGUUGACGCGAAGCACAAAAAUUCGAGAAAGAAGAGAAGUAGUCAUGCCUGUGUAGAAUACAUUACCCCGCACUGCGCGUCCGUAGAACCCUAUACAAAAGCCGAUAAAUAGUGCAAGUGUCUCUCCCCC